AUGCUGCUAGACAAUGUCAAAGCAGACCAACCUGAAAGAAGAACUGCACUUGUGGCCAGAGAACUUUCCCACCAUAACAAUGACAUUGCAGCACUUAGUGAAACACUUCUUCCUGAUAAAGGUCAACUUACUGAGAUUGGCAGUGGUCAAGCUUUUUUGGAGUGGAUGCAGAAGUGACGAGUGACGCAAAGCUGGAGUUGGCUUUGCCAUCGGAACCCACCAUGUAAGAAGCUGUCAGUCAAGCAUCCCUGAGGGUCUGAAAAAGUGCCUGAUGAAACUGCAGCUCCCACUGGCGAAGAACAUGACGAUCACGCUGAUCAGCGCCUAUGCUCCCAACAUGACCAAAGCUGAAGAAACGAAAGAACCAAAGAACCAAAGAACUCGAUGCCCUUCUGUCAGCUGUCGUUCAGUCUGA